CGCAGCAGCGUCGGCGUCGCGACGCUUCGGAUCUCUCGUAAAGACGGCGAGCAUAUCCGCGCGCGGUGAGCGCGAGACCGGAACGCACGGUCCAUCGCACUACGCUGCUAUCACAAGUAAAAAGCUCGUCGCCUCGACGCACUCGAUAGAACAGAGAACACAGCGCCAAGAAAACGCCCGCACGGCGCGUCGGGGCGGUGUGAAUGUGACAAACAACAAGUUGUAGUAUUUUUUCUAAUCCCUCGCACUGGGGGAGGUCGGCGGCGACGAUGAACCUUCGUAAUUCGACGCUCAGUGUUUAGUUAAGUGUGAAACGCAAGAAUUAAUUGAGUGCUACCACGAAACUAUGUUACAGUGAACCAAACAAGCCACAAACUUUCCCAACUUGUACCAUGGAGGUUAGCGCAGCAAAGGAUUUUUUCCUGCGGCUGCUCGUCGUAAAUCUACUAGGCACAUUUUACGGCGUAUCCGGCCUAAAACAUGUCGAAUUACUAAUCCACCCUCGAGUUGUGAACAAAGGCGAAUCGUCCACGCUCUCCUGCGUGUACGACCUGGAGGGCGCGCAGUUGUACACGGUGAAAUGGUACCGGGGGCGGCACGAGUUCUACAGGUACACGCCGAGCGAGCAUCCGGCGACGAAAGUCUUCCUCUUUGCCGGCGCGCACGUCGACUUGGAAACCUCAGAUGAACACCAGGUGGUUCUUCGGAAAGUCGGUUUCAAUCUUUCGGGGAACUUCAGUUGUGAGGUGACCACCGAGGCACCUUUCUCCACAGCUGUCGUCUCGAAGGACAUGCUUGUAGUCGUGCUUCCCAAUGCGCCGCCGACCCUAAUCACCGAGAAGGCGUUCUACAUGGCCGGCGACGAGCUGCGAGCCAAUUGCACUACGCUCCCGUCACGACCAGCUGCAACUAUUAGUUAUUUCAUAAAUAAUAACGCAGUAUGCCAAACAUGCGAAACGAAAAAGCACGCGGAUGGCGAACUGCUGUGGAGCGAGCUGUCACUGGACCUACCCAUCUUCCCGUCGCAUUUUGACAACGGCGGUCGGCUGGUGUUGCGCUGCGAGGCGCAGAUAUUGGGCAUGUACAAUCAGUCGGCGGAGCUGCGGCUGGACAGCGCCAAGGAUCCCGUCCCCGAACGAGUGACGUUCCCGAACGGAGGUUCCCCUUCGCCACAUGUGUCAAUCCUCGGCAAGGACGCCAUUCGAUUGGGGAUAUUCAUAUAUCUGGUGUUAAUUUUCAGGUAAAAGGUAAAAUGUUGUGUGUCGCGAGUUGCCAAUACCACCGAACUGUGUGAACCUUAAACCUAACCUAAAAAUACACGUAAAUGAAACUCAUAAAAGAAAUGUUUGUAAUUGCUAAGUUGACGUCAUACUAUGUUAUCCUCAGCAAAAUAAUUAGAAGUGUAACAUUACCAACUAAAUGGUGAUAGAGGACGACGAAUCAAAGGGUCAAUCAAAUACAAAUGUAACAGAAACUAAACUAAUAUGUAAAUUGUUUAAAACCUAAGUCAUAAUGCGAAACGAAACAGUUUGUGAGACAAAUAUUGUGAAGCGAAAAUAAACGUAAAAUAUUUGACGACGUAAGUUAAUAAUAAGUUGUAAAGUACUUUGUUUCGAAUAAUUAUUAAUCGUACCUACAGCAGUAAGGAAAUAAUUAUGAAAUGUGAACAUGAUUAAAGACUGUUUUAAUUUAUCUUUUAAGAUGUAUUAUAUGAUAUAAUAUAUAUUUGUGACGAAAAAAGUGCUAAAUAUAAAAAAUUUUAGUCGCGUU